AAAAUAAAAUAAAAUAAAUCUUGGAACAAAAAUCACAACCUGCCAAGACCGGGGACUCCCAGCAGUGUUUUGCAGACUUCGAGUAGUGGCCUGGGAAACUCCCUUCAGCUGGUCAUGAACUAGGACGCAAGGAGCAAAGGUAACAUUGCUGGACGGAAACCCUCCUGUCAAUAACGUGAGACUCCGUUCUCUCCCUCAUUCCUGCCCUAAGUACUCGUUGAGUGUCCACCAUGAACUAGGAGCCCAGGAUUCAGAAGAAAGUAAAACACACAAGUGCGUGUGCCUGUGUCCCUCACGGAGGGUUACUGUGUGUGUCAGAAAGUUACCACCAGAACACACAGGCCCCUCAUUCCUUUUUCAGCACGAAGGCUUUGUUGAACAGGAGAAACUCUGCCCUUGGCCAGCAGCCGUUGGGCGAGGGUCAGAAGGUUCAUGUUGCCAGGGCCACGGAAGGGGCUUGGUGAGGUCGGAUCCCUAGGUCCGGGGAGGGCUGCCUCCUGCCUCCUCCCCGCAAGCUCCGGGCACUCGAGGAGCUUUAUUCCCGGGAGAGCGAGGUGACCCCGCCCAGAGCUGGGGAGCCUAGCUGCAGAUCCCUCACGUUGGGCAAGAGCAGAGAACCGGCCCCUCGGAUCCCUGCUGGGGACAUCUGGAGACACCAGCAAUAAUGGGAAAUCCGGGCGCAGAGAGGGAGAGCGGGGGAGGGGCAGGGGGGACAGGUGACGUGCACCCCAGCCCCUCCUGGCCUGGACCCCUCCGAACUGUGCGGUGAGGAGCAAGGUGGCUGCGGGGGUGGGCGGGGCAGGCCAGGAGACCCCUUUCUCUGGGAAGAACAGAGACCGUAGUGUCCCCCGCCCCCGCCAUGCUUUGCCCGAGUUCCAACCCUGUUUCCACUUCUGUUUACUGUCCAAAGUCCUGGGGGCAGGAAACGCCAGGUUAGAACCACUCGGACGCCAGGACACAAGGGCUCAGGGACCUCACGGGGACGGCCCCUCCUGGUGCCACCUGCUCCACUUCUUGCCCUAGCCCCUCCUCGCCCUGGGGCCCAGGCCACCUGAGGGACCCAGGAGUCAGCCCUCUGCACCUCUUACAGCCCAGGUGGUGGCCUCGGCCUGCUCACCUCCAGCCCCAUCAUCGGCCUCUCCCUGAAGCAGCCUUUUAGCACAGGACUCAGCCCCGAGCUCAGCCCCUGCAACAAGAGAGCCUCAGUCUGACCCAGCUCCAGCCCCGGGACCGGCAUGGCCAUCCGGCAGCCGGACACCGAGGACAAUGACCAGCAGCUGCCUGGAGGGGAGGGCCCGGGCCCGCGUGCGCACAACCCCAGGAGAGACCAGUUCUACGUAGGGAGGCCUCGGAGCCCCGCCCUUCUGCAGCGCGUCUGUUCUAUGUUCCGACUCAGUCUGCUCGUCCUCGGGUUCAACAUGCUGCUGCUGGUGGCCAUCUGCGUGAUUGGGUCCCAAAGAGCACAGCUGCAAGAGGAGCUGCGGGUCCUAAAAGAAAACUUCACCCACUUCUCCAACGGGGUCCUGUCGGAGAUCAGCACCCUUCUCUUCCACGGGGGCAGUGCCGGUCAGCAGCUGACCUCUCUGGAGGCCAAGCUGGAGAAGCAGCAGAAGGAUCUGAAAGCAGAUCACGCUGCCCUGCUGCUGCACGUGAAGCACUUCCCGGUGGACCUCCGCAUCCUCACCUGUCAGAUGGCCUUCGUGCGCAGCAACGGCACACAGUGCUGCCCCGUCAACUGGCUGGAGUAUGAGGGCAGCUGCUACUGGUUCUCCCGCUCCGGGAAGACGUGGGCCGAUGCGGACCGGUACUGCCAGCUGGAGAGCGCGCACCUGGUGGUCAUCAACUCCCGGGAGGAGCAGAAGUUCAUUAUGCAACACACGAACCCCUUCGAUGCCUGGAUAGGUCUCACGGACAGCGACGGCUCCUGGAAAUGGGUGGACGGCACCGACUAUGAGCAGAGCUACAAGAACUGGGCGGCCACUCAGCCCGAUGACUGGCAGGGGCACGAGGUGGGUGGAGGCGAAGACUGCGCGGAACUCCGGGCCAACGGCCGCUGGAACGACAACUUCUGCAAGCAGCCGUUGUGUCGGUACUAACUGAGAUAAGACAGAAGGAACUUCUUGAACAUCACGUCGGCGAAAAUGCACAGGUUGGUCGGCAAAGGUGUGGAUAAGUGAAAUCGGGUGGAGAGAAGGUGAAUUGGUAAUGUCUUUUGAGUGUGCCGUGGCAGUGUCUGUCCACUUUUAAAUUUUAAGGUCGAUGUUUCUGCUCAUUUUGCUUCUGGAUAUCUAACCAAGAGCAAUUACGUGUUCUUGGUGCAAACAGGGAAAUAGGAGCCUGUCCGCUUCAACAUUACUUACAAAAGCCAGGGACGCCGCGUCCCCAAAAUGCACGGUGGUCUGGCACCUGUACGCUCCGGAGCCCCAUUAAACAGAUGGCCAUGAGCCGUGGCGUGGGAAAACCCUCGAGAUCCAUUUUUAGGCAGACUCAUGCCGUGGAGAAAAAUUUCGGUAAAAGGAAAACAGCGACCUGCCCCAUCAGUGGGCAUAGCCCGACCGGUGUACAAAUAUGCAGAGAAAUUGGUCUGAAAAGACCACUCAUCACAUCUCUGGGUCUGGGGGCUGGAAAUGGGGUAAGUGUAUUGGUUUACUUACCUUUCCCUGACCUCUCCUGCCUGGGCCGCGGGGGGUGGGGGCGCGGUGAGACCCCUUCAAUCUGUGGCCAGUAUGGCUCCGUCUUCCCCACCUCCCAGCCAAGGGACUGGGGAGGGUGGCAUCUCCUCUCACCGAUGCCCGACAGUCCACUGUUGGAGUGUUUGCCCUCCAUCUGUGCCAUGGGAUCAUUGGACUUUAGGAGUCCUAGUGCCCAAGGAAAGGCCCCCCCCCCCCCCCAACCAGGGAAAGCAGCCUUGGUCCUGUGGCAAUUUGAAGAUGCCUCUUGAUUCCUGCCUGCUUUGGGCUCCUCAAAACCACCAGUAGGUAGGGGGUGGAGGUAAGUGAGCCUUGGAGGGGACUGAUGGAUGCUGGCUAAGGAGGGACAUGGUUGUGCUGCUUGGCAAUGGGGAGGGGAGAGGAUGGAGGCUGCAGCCCGGGUGGCUGUCUGGGGAGCUGCAGAGCAGCCUGGUGUGAUCAUGAAAUGGUGGGUAGCAAAUCGCGGUCCCUGCACCAGGUAAAAGGAUCCUGCCCCGCUGAGGGGCUGGGAGAGGACUAGGGCUCCACAGGGAAGCCGUACUCGUCCACCGAGAAAGAAGUCUCAGAGGCAAAAGCACUUAGGAGAGCAGAGAAGGUUAUUGGCAAAGUAGCCGUAAGGUAAUCAGCCUUUGGGAGGACAGGCUUAGCGGGGUGGGGGCUGGGGGGGCACAGGAGGUGUUCUGAGGAAAACUCUGUGCAGUGAUCAAGUGUUUUAUCCGUCAGCUGCUGAUGACAAAACAGCACUGUCCUCACAAUGAUCAUGUGCGCAAAAGGCUGUGACUUAUCUUUAGGCGUUGGCAUUGCAAAAGUCAGGGAUAAAGCUGUUUUAUUUCCUAAGGAGUCAGCAAUUUAUGGAAAAUGCUCCAAGUUUACUUUUUUGGGGGGACUGGAAAGAGAACUCUGUGUGUGUGUGUGUGUGUGUCCGUCUGUCCCCGGGCAUAUCUGUCACCCGGAUAUAAUAGCUCCUUACUGGAACUCUCAGUUUCCACCCUCAUCUCGUUCAUUCCCUCCUCUGCCCCGAUCCCCUCCACAGUCUGCCCCUCUAACUCGGAGUAAAAACAGAUCCUAAACAAUAGUCUGAGGGCCCUGGAGAACUGGUGCUCCAUGUUUUCCCCAUGAUCAUCUCUCCUUGCCAUUCUAGCUCACUACUCCAAUAAAAUCUCUGGCAUCUCUGGCAAAGGGAUGAUCCUUAUACACGCUAGACAUUCUACCACCCCAGGCCCUUUGCACUGGCUGUGCCUUCUGUCUCGAAUCAUCUUCCUCCCGGAGCUCCUCACGACUCGCUCCCUCACCUCCUUGUGACUUUUGCUCGAACAUCACCUUCCCAGUAAGGCUGGCCCUGAUACCUCACUCUUGAUGGCCAUGUUAAAAACGGAUCCCACCUCACUUCCCAGCUGUAUUUUCUUCCAUAUGUCACCAUGUGACACUUCCAAUGUCUACUGUGUGGCAUUAUACAGAUCGCACUCAUUUAUUUUAUCUGUCACCUGCCAGUAUGUAAAUUCUGGGAGGGCCUGGCCUUUUCUGUCAGUCUGUUCCCUUCUGAAGUAUGCGUCUGGGAAGGAGGGUGCCUGGCAUAUUGGAGACGCUCAGGAAGUGCUUUUGGAAUGGAUGAGUAAACGCACGUGUGAAGACCGGAGCGAAUGUUCUCUGUGGGACAGAUCCAACAACGUGCGGAUGUGAAGUCUGUCCCGAUGAGUGCACGGGUACAGUGCACCGCUGUCGGGGACACAGAUAUGAGCUCCCUACAUCCUCCUGCCCACCAGCCUCCGCUUCCUUCCAGGAAGGACUGGGGGCCCAGUUGCAGGGAGUGCGACCUGUGCCGACAACCGCCUACCCCGAGGUCAGGCCCCUGCUGGGGUGACCUGGGCCCCUGGUGCCUGAGCCAGGUGGCGUGUGAAGGUCCCGGCUCAGCCCGGUGCCGACAGCUGGGACAGAUGGCCAGAUUGAUUGCCCAGAGUGCCUGCUGUGUUGGCUGCAGAGCUGUGCACCUUCUCCCUUUGUCCCUCCUCCUUCUUCCCCCUUCCUCUCUCAGGUGUCGGUCCCUAAAAACAUGGCUCGUCCUCCAAAUUCAGUCUCAGCCUUAGCUUCCAAAAACCCAGCCUGUGACAAAUACCGACCCGGAUAUCAGAUAAUAAAAAGCAAGUAGGGGCACGCGGGCAGCUCAGUCGGUGAAGCGUCUGCCAUCAGCUCAGGUCACGAUCCUGGGGCCUCCCCCAGAUGGAGUCCUGGGUCGGGCUCCCUGCUCGGCGGGGAGUCUGCUUCUCCUCCUGCCCCUCCCCCUGCUCCUGCUCUUUCUCAAAUAAAUAAAUAACAUCUUAAAAAAAAAAGCAAGUAGAGCACAAUCCCACUUAUAUAGAAAAUGUAGUGUAAGGUGCAUUUGCUUCCCUUCUCUACCUUUUUCUUUUUAAAAAGAUUUUAUUUAUUUAUUUGACAGAGAGAGAGAGAGAGAGAUCACAAGUAGG